UCUCUCUCUCUCUCUCCCUCUUCAAAACCUUCUGCUCUAAGCUCUCUCUUCCUUUUUUUUUUCAAUUGAAAUUUCCAUUUCCAUUUUGAAAUUUCGCAGAUCUCUCUUAUCUUUACAAUGCCAAUUGAUUCCGAGUAUAGGAUUUCUUAACUCGCAUCCUCUUCCUUGUUCUGAAUCGAAUCGUUUUUUUUUGUUUUUCCUUUUUGAUUCACUGAGCCAAACCGCCUUUCUUCACUUUUGUUUUAUACGACGUGACCAGAAGAAUGGGAGCGGUGCCUUCGACGCCGCGCCAUACAAGCACCACUGCUGAGGCGGCGGAUUACCUAAUAGGCACCUUCGUCAGCGAGAAAUCGUUUCCUUUGGCUUCCGAUUUCUGGCAGAAGCUUCUGGAGCUUCCUCUCACUCUACGGUGGGCCCCUCACCGUGUUCAACAAGCUUGCGAUCUCUUCGCACUAAACAACCACCAUACAAGGCACCUUGCAAAGAUUUUGAUUCACCUCUCAUGGUGUUUACAAGAGGCAAUUCGAACUUCUGGUGCUCCGUCUCCAGUCUAUUUGAAGGCUAUUAACGCAGUGUAUAUUUCAUCUGUUUUUUUGAAGUACAUAAUUGAAAAUUCACAUAGUGACACCAUUGAGGAGUUAUGCUUGUCACUUCAUGAAAAUGAACCUGUGCCUAAGGAUUUCAUGACUGAUCAAAAGAUUGAGAAUCUUGUAAUGCAUAAUGUGCUUACCUUCCUUGGUUCAAUAGAUGUAAGUCCUACGACGUCCCUUUUACACCAGGAGUUGCUUAACUUCAUGCUUGUUGCAAUGUCAACUCAACUUCUUUCUGGACCAACACCAGGGCCAAAAGAUGUCAACCCUUUUCUUGAUGCUGCGAUGUCUCAGGAAAGUUUGUUGGUUAAUUUAGUGGUUCGCAGAUUGCUACUCAAUUAUAUAAUGCGACCUCCUCUUCCUUCUAGUAGUGCUACUGCUUAUUCUAUUUUUUCUGAAGAAAGUCAGCCGGGUGUUCUACAAAGAGUUGGUUCUGCUGCUGCGAACCUUGUAUUGUUGCCAUUCAAUUAUUUGGUCAGUUCAAAUAGUGAAGGUUCUAGAAAUCAACUGGCAGAUUGCAGUCUCCAUGUGCUACUUAUACUUAUUCAUUACCAUAAAUGUGUUGUAAGUGAUGGGUCGAUAACAGAUAAAAGUGAUGCAACUGCCGCUAUGGAUACUGUUUCUAAAGGAAAUGCAUAUUUUACUGUCAACCCCUACAACAAGGCCCUAGAAAAUGCAAGGGACGUUGAAUUUGAUCGUGCUGAUAUUGAGGGGAAUGCACAAAAUGGACCAGUCGUGACAUUACCUUUUGCAUCCCUAUUUGAUACCCUUGGCAUGUGCUUGGCUGAUGAGACUGCUGUCCUUUUACUUUACUCAUUGCUGCAAGGGAACUCUGACUUUUUGGAAUAUGUACUAGUGCGAACGGAUUUGGAUACAUUGUUGAUGCCCAUCUUGGAAACGUUAUACAGUGCUUCAAGGAGGACAUCAAAUCAAAUAUACAUGUUGCUGAUUAUACUCCUCAUACUUAGUCAAGACUCUUCAUUCAAUGCAGGCAUUCAUAAGAUGAUGCUGCCUGGUGUUCCAUGGUAUAAAGAGCAUCUCCUUUACCAGACAUCUCUUGGUUCCCUGAUGGUCAUAAUUUUGAUAAGAACCGUCCAAUAUAACUUGUCAAAAUUGCGGGAUUUCUAUCUUCAUACUACCUGUCUAGCAACUUUGGCAAAUAUGGCACCUCAUGUCCAUCGUUUGAGUGCAUAUGCUUCUCAGAGACUUGUCAGCCUUUUCUAUAUGCUUUCACGCAAGUACAACAAGUUGGCAGAGCUAAGGGAUGAUAAACUGCAAAACAAAACCAUCUCAACAGCAGAUGGCCUUGUGGAAGAUAUGUCAGCUGAAUUGCAAAUUUAUACCGACUUCUUGAGAAUCGUCCUAGAGAUAUUAAAUGCAAUUUUGACAUAUGCGCUUCCUCGGAAUCCUGAGGUUGUCUAUGCUAUUAUGCACAGACAGGAAGUCUUUGAACCAUUCAGGAACCAUCCUCGCUUCACCGAGCUGCUUGAAAAUAUUUAUAAUGUAUUAGAUUUUUUCAACAGUCGUAUGGAUGCGCAAAGAAUGGAUGGCGAAUGGUCUGUAGAAAAAGUUCUCCUGUUCAUAAUUAAUAAUUGUCGAUCUUGGCGAGGUGACGGGAUGAAGAUGUUCACUCAGUUACACUUCUCAUACGAACAAGAGAGUCAUCCGGAGGAGUUCUUUAUUCCAUAUGUUUGGCAGCUCGUCCUAUCCCGCUGCGGAUUCAGUUUCAAUGCAGAUGCUAUAAAUUUGUUCCAUGUUGAUCUGCAUGCCGAUAAACAAAUUUACUAUGAAGAACCGAAUCCGAACCCGAACGGGGAGUCGAUCGAACACCGAGUUCAGCUUGAUCCGUAAAAAAAAGAGGGCGUUUUAUACCGUACGCUUGUGCUAUGCAUGUACGGUUUGUGGUGUAUUUUGUAAAUACAUGAAAAGAUAAAAAAAAAUUAGCAGAAAAUGUAUUCUUGUUAUUCUUUUCUGUUUAUAUAUGUUUGAAACACUGUAGAGGUCCUUUUUGCAGUAGAUAAAUAUUUGCAAUCCUUGUAUGAAAUAAAGAGAGGAUUCGGUUAUUCCUUUCCAUUUCUAUU